AUGAGGACAUCGUUGACUUUGUGCGUAGUGUUCUUGCUUCUGUUUUGGCGCCUGUGGAACUACUUGGCACCGCUGCAGGAACUGGGCAAGAUAGUCGGUUCAGCGUGGAUCGUACUGACGCUGUCUUACAGUCUGUCACGGUUUGUAUGGACGCGUCUUUUUGUCACCCAGAUUGCCGGUGACGGGAAAGCUGUGCUGAUCACUGGUUGUGACACCGGAUUCGGCCACCGCUUGGCGAAGCGGCUGUCACGCAACGGUUUUCUGGUGUUUGCCGGCUGCUUGAGUUGCUCCAGUGUCGGUGCCGAAGAACUCAAGAACCUCCCAAAUAUUCAGGUCUUGCCGCUUGACGUUACGAAACAAGAGCAAGUGGAUGAGGCCCUGGACUCUGUUAAAAAGCACCUCGGCAACAGAGAACUGUGGUCGGUGGUCGCUAACGCUGGCAUCGGAAGCUGCGGCCUCCUAGAGUGGAUGACAAUGGAGACCGUGACCAACAUUUUUGACGUGAACGUCUUCGGGGCACUUCGGGUCACCAAGAAGUUCCUGCCUCUCCUCCACAAAAGCAGUGGCAGAGUCAUCGCCAUUGCGAGUCCGUUCGGUCACUUCACCCAGCCCAUGAUCGUACCAUAUUGCAUGUCGAAGCAUGCCGUGGUCUCGAUGAUGGAUGGUCUACGAAGAGAGUGUCAUGGCAGUGGUGUGGACUUUGUUAUUGUAGAGCCCUCAGCUUACCGGACGCCAAUUUUCAAGACGGGCAGCACUCCCAUGGACCUCGUGAUGCGGGAAUUCAGGCAGCAGGAACCCGAAGCUAUUGCUCACUACACUCAUCAGGACGUCGAGGACUGGAUGAAGGCUCUUGGCAAAAGCUUCAACGCCAUCAUGAGGGAAGAUCCCGAAGAAGGCGUCAGUGUCAUGGAACGAGCCGUGAGAGAAACCUACCCCAACGCCAUCUACAGGUCGCCGUGGGGACUUGACACGCCCUGUGUAUUCUUUAUGACAGUGUUUCCCCGAGAGAUCACAGAUUUCGCCUCUCUACUCUUGCACAAGAUUCACCUCAGAAUGAAAUAAUAGUUUCGGUUAUUGUUAGCUCGUAAGAAAAUGUUACAAAGAGAGCGCUGCUAAUCGAGAGAGCUGUCCGAGACGCCUACCUUAUAUCCAUCUAUGGGUCAGCUUGGGCAGUGUUAUGGUGCACCGUAAGGUUUCUUUGUUGCCACAUACCUGUUUUGAAAGGUGCCGUUCUGGAUGAGAUGAAAGCUCUAGUAAAUAACUGUCUUGCUCGAAGGGAUACUGAACAAGCUAUCAGUAUCAUCAACACCGCAGUGAGAGAAACAUGCCCCAAAGCCUCAAACAGCUCAAUGCAUGGUCGGGACACUCCAUGUAUAAAGUUCUAAACAUUAUUCCACAGAAAUGCCACCAACUCCGUCAGCCUUUUUGACCCCACCAUUAAAUCCAGGAUCAUGUGCAAACGAUAUCUUGACGUGAGCUAGGUGAAAUGUUGGAGGCCUUUAACUGUCCGCUCGUCCUUUUUGGCUUUAAAGUCCUUCAUUGAUUAUCGACACUUGUGGUGUGACGACGUGCGUGAGACAUUCUAACACUGAAUAUAAGAGCCAACAUAGGCUAGCUUUGGCGGCACCAGCACCAGUUCAUAGGAGAUUCGUUGUGUGCCUAAACGGAACCUGGAAGACCACAGACUUUAGCGAUUUCUUUGGUUAUCUAUUCAUUUGCCGCAGCAUUUCUCCACAGUCAAUAAAACUAUGUUAGUUUCGCUUGCCUUUUUUUUUUCUUGAAUAAAUGUGCUCAAAUACUACGGGGAACAUAGAACUUAGCGGUUAUAGGGCGCUGCGUCCGGGUCGGAAGUAUGUGGCUGUAUAAGUAUAUCAUAACUUCAAGAAAGAACUUGAAAAAAUAUAUAUUUACUGCAUUCUCUAAAAGGGAAUUAUGAUUGUGUGACAGCACAGAAAGAUUAGUGUGAAUUAGAUAAACAAGUGCCGACGUUCACUUCUUUGUGAUGCACGCAACUUCCUUCCUGUAUGAAUUAGUAAUAGAUGUUGCUGAAUUAGAACUGCGUGCACGGACAAGCUAUAGCACACUCAGAUUCCUCCCGUGGGAGUAAGUUAGGUUUAUUUCAUUAAAGCUUCUUGCUUCUCA